GGAAAAUACUAGCUGAUAGUAGCAACGCAUUGAUCGUCCGUAGUCCAAGAUCCAGGUUGUAGACUUUGUGAUGUUAAGGAGUGUAUUCAGGUGCCUUAGGACCAAUCCUGUGACAGGACAGAGGAGGAUGUCUCAGAGCAGCCUUGCUGGAAAAAUAGCAAUAGUCACAGCCUCCACAGAUGGGAUUGGUCUGGCUGCAGCUCAAGCUCUGGGAAAAAGAGGAGCACAUGUGGUAGUGAGCAGCAGGCGGCAGGCAAACGUGGACAAGGCCGUGGCGCUGCUGCAGAGCCAGAGCAUCAAGGUGACUGGGACCACCUGCAAUGUUGGCAAGGAAGAAGACAGAGAAAAACUAGUUCAAACAACUCUGGAUCAAUGUGGGGGUAUUGAUAUCCUCGUGUCAAAUGCAGCAGUCAACCCUUUUUUUGGAAACCUACUGGACACAUCAGAGGAAGUUUGGGACAAGAUCUUGGCAGUAAAUGUGAAAUCAGCCUUCCUCAUGACAAAGUUGGUGGUGCCCCAUAUGGCAAAAAGAGGAGGGGGAAAUGUUGUCUUUGUAUCUUCUGUGGCAGGAUACCAACCAAUGCAGGGCCUUGGUGCUUACAGCGUCAGUAAGACAGCACUGCUAGGUCUGACCCGAGCGCUGGCCCCUGAGCUGGCCCAGGAUAACAUAAGAGUCAACUGUGUAGCUCCUGGAGUCAUCAAGACACGCUUCAGCCACGCGUUAUGGACAAACGAGGACAUCAUGGACAGUUUCAAACAGACUCUGAGCAUUAAAAGAAUUGGAGAACCAGAGGAAAUAGGAGGAGUGAUCGCCUUCUUGUGCUCUAACGAAGCUUCCUAUAUCACUGGAGAGACCAUCACAGCCACCGGAGGGAUUGGCUGUCGACUUUGAAUGUCCAAUCACCAGCAAAAAGAUUGUAUUAACUGAUUGUAAUAACUGAAGAUUGAUACUAAAGGUUUUUGGUUAUUUA